UGCAGGAAAAGGUGGAUAAAGGAUGAAUCACUUCAUGGUUCUGGCAGUAUUGCUCCCUCUGAGGACUUGCUACACUACAUACUCACAGGAAGAAUCCAUUGUGUUUCCAGUGACGUACCUUAACAUUUCCAAGGAUUUGGCUCUUCAGCGGCUGCUGGUGGAAUGGGAUGUUGGCAAGUCAGCACAUGAAGUUGAGCUGGCAAUGUCUUUUGAAAUACAAGUCCGUCGAGCAGAUGAAACUGGUACUAUGUGGACAGAGUUUCAUAACACCACGCUUGAUAAAUCAGGAAAGCCUCUUCAUUGGAUAUGGGAUUCAGACAUACCUUUGGAAUGUAUGGCACACUCAGUGAGAAUCAGGAGCAAAGCAGAAACGUCAAAAAUCUGGAGUCAGUGGAGUCUGUGGGAGACUGUGCUAGGCUUAGACACUUCAAAUAACAGUGGACCACAGAUCUUUCCAAAUGAGAAAAUUGUAGAGGAGGGCUCUGACAUCAUUCUUUGUUGCAUUGGAAGGAAAAGUCAAAUCCUUAAGGAAUUCUUUCUAGCCCCACCUCUUCAUGUUUUCAGUCACAUAGACAGUCAAGUUAGGCUUCUCACUGUGAAAAAUGUGUCACAUCAAGGAGUGCCUCACAUCACUGUCUACUGUCAAGAGUCUUGCGAUGAGGAGCAGUGCUAUGAUCAUGCAGUUUUCUUUGUGGGUAAAUCACCUGAUGCACCUAAUGAUUUUUCCUGCCAAACUCAAGACAUGAGAACAGUGACAUGUACCUGGAGCCAAGGAGGAGACACGUAUCUUUAUGGACGUCAUUCACCAAAAUACACCUUGUAUGAAGAGUUUUCCCAAAAAAAGGUUCCAUGCACAGUAAGUUGUUCUGAGCAGUGCUCGUGUUCUUGGGAUAUAGGCCAGCAGAGGAUCCUGAAUAUCACAGUGACUGUGGAAAACCCACUGGGAAAGAAAACUGCCACAGAUGUUUUUGAUGUAACUCACAGAAUUUAUCCUGCUGCACCUUCGCAGCUGUGGGAAGAAUGCACAGAUACCAAAAUCACGUUAUAUUGGAAACAUCAAAACAAAGGAAUUGAACUCUUUUGUCAGACUGAAGUGCUCCUACCUGAUGGGAAAGUAGAACUGCAUAAUAGUUCAGACACACACCAUUAUGCCUCACAGAGCAUUACGCUGGAUGGACUGCAGCCAUACACUGAAUACACAACUAGAGUGCACUGUGGGGCAGCUAAGCAUUUCUGGAGGUGGAGUGAAUGGAGUGAAGCCCGAACCAUCAGAACAAAUGAAGCAAUUCCAUCGGGGAAACUGGACAUCUGGAGAGAAAUUACACCAGUUCAGGGGGGCCGGAAUGUGACCUUGUUCUGGAAGCAAGCACCAAGUUUUCAAGCAAAUGGAGAAAAUAUUUCAUAUGAAGUAACCUGGGGAAAAGUAGAAGAUGGUUCUAAGUCUGAAAGCAUCUCCUUUUCAUCAGUCUACAAUAGCACAAGGAUUUCCAUUGAUAACCAUUCUUACAGGAUCAGUAUCACAGCAAAGAACAAUGUUAAUUAUUCACUCCCUUCAGUAUUGAUAAUCCCUAGCACUACAGACACCAAAGAGCUUAAAGAAGAACAGGUUAAUGGUACAGAUGAUGGCGUUUUUAUUACCUGGAACCCCAGACAUAUCUAUGACAAUUACAUUGUUGAUUGGUGUAACUUUCCAAUGUUACAGCCUUGCGAUUUGCAGUGGAAGAGAUUUGGGCCCAACACUUCCAGUGCUCUGAUCAACUCAGCUGCUUUUAUUCCGGGGGUGAGAUACAACUUCCAAAUCUAUGGAUCUGUGGCUAAUAAAGCAUCUUUACUGGAGAAGAAGACUGGUUUUCUCAGGGAGCUACCUCCUGUACUUGACCCUGUUGUGGAAAAAGUUGAACUGACUUUCAAUGCAGUAACGCUCUGUUGGGAUUCUUAUCCCACAAAUGAAUCACAGCCUGGUUUUGUAAGAGGCUACCAUGUUUAUGUGUCACCUCUACAAGAGGACUGCAGUUUGAAAGGAUCCCAAAAACAUGUUCUUCCAGAUGAUUCAGUGCUAUGUAAAUACACAAUUGAAAAUCCAGAAGAAAAGAGAUACACCGUGAAACACCUAUCGUCAAACACAAAAUACAAACUCGUAGUUAAAGCAUAUACAGGUGGAGGAGAGACUCCCAUUGUUAACUUUAUAUACAUAGAUACACCGCUUAACUCCAACAUGCUGUACCUCCUAGUCCUGCUAGUGAUAGUUCCUGCACUAGUAGCAGCUAUAUGCCGCUGGAAGAUGAAGUGGGUGAAAGAGUGCUGCUGUCCUGUAAUACCUAGUCCUAACAAGAGCAAAGUGCUGUCAUUCAAAGAGUUUAAGAUUGGUUCUGAGAAAGUACUGAAAAUAAGUGACUGCAUUCCUGACAUGCUAGCAGUGGACAGUAAGGCUGAAGCCCAGAAGUUACAUCCUUGGAGCCAGUUGUCUUCAAUGACAACAGAUGAUAAGAUUGAUGAUAACAAUUCUUCCUGCAUUUACCUUAAUGAAAAUGAAGAGAGAGACUUUACACCCACAUCUACACCUCAGACUCAUACUUGGUUUGAAAAUUUUGCUUAUUCUUCUCAUCUUGCAGUUGAAUCUGAUCCCUAUCAACUACCAAAGACAACAGAAGCAAGCAAGCCAGAACUGUCAGUCAUGCUGUACCAGCCACACCUCUGCUUUGACAUUUUUAAGGAAGAUGUUGCCUCAGCACCCAGAGAAACAGCUGGCAGAAAGACCAACCUGAGAUAUGUUUCACAAACAGAUGUGCGCUGCCUAGGGAGGAAGCUUUGAUGUACUCUCCUGCUUUGAGUCCAUCCAGUUUUUGGUUACACAGUGUAAAUAAGAACUUACAAACCCACACAUUCUUUGGAUGAAGGCUUUCACAAGCCCAACUGCACUACUUUAGUUAAUGCUGAAAACCUCUUACUUCAGGACUAGUUUAAAAAUACUGUCUUGUGCACAGGAACAAUGUGUGCUAUGGUUUCAUCACAAGUUACAGGCAUUAUAUCAGCUUUACAGGCAGCUCUGUGGUCUAUAUUAUGUAGAAAGUUAAAUCACAGCAGUUCAUCAUGGUCUGAUGCAGAGAAAUACUGUAUUUUUCAGAGAUUAAAAAUGUAUUCAGAAAGUAGAGGAACAAGUUAAAUAAGUGAGAGUGCUCACAGAGUGUAUUUAUUUUACUUACUCUGUGAUGUAAAUUACAGUGUGCUUACUCUGUGCUUUGGCCACCUGAGCAAGUGUGGGUUGCAGCUGUGAUGGAGCAUUACUCAGCUUUGGGGUGUGCUCCAGCCCAGUAACACUGGGGAUAUGGGUUGUAUUUUCCCUCUCUUAGUUGAUGUAAGGAAUCAGCAUGGAAGGGUUACUGGCACUCAGUGUGUGGCACGUUGCUGAAAGAUUAAAAGGAGCUUUGACUUCUCUAGGAGUGCUACCCUGUGCACCAAGAUACAGUGACUGUCCUGCUCUUACUCCCCUUGUCUUCUAACUAUGUGUGGUGGGUGAAAGAGCACAGAAAACAGGGUUUUAUAGGGUCCAGGGUUUUAACAGGGUCAGGCCCUGCUAGUGGGCUGCUGUUCUGUUUCUGGUGACUGCCUUCUCUGCAGGAAGAAUGACCCUUUGAAAUCCUAAACAAAAUCCUCAUAACUGAACAAAGAGAUGUGGGGAGGUGAGUGGGAAGGAGCUGUUACCAGCAGGACAGCUGUUUGCAGAGGUGAUACCAUGGCACUAUUUCUCUGCUUGUGCAGAAGAACUUCUUUUACCAUUAACCCCUGUACUUACAUAGCAAGCCCCAGCCAACCAGAUAAGCAGGCACGUAUGCAUAGGUAUAUGAAUUCCGUUUGUGAAGAGUGUCAUAUUCAGGCUCUCAGCUGGAUCUCCCAAUACUACUUUUGCAUGUACUGAAAAUAGUAUUUAUAUUCUAACCAGAAUCUCUACAGUAGGCAACAGUGAAGUUGGUCUUCCAUUUUGAGUUUAAAAGACAUGUACUUUUGUAAUGAAGCAGAAGAGCUGGAAUUGAUCCGAGUGUCUUAGCAGAUUAACUUCCGUAGUACACAUGGAACUCAUUGGUUUUGCUCAACUGUGGUACUAUCUAGAAUCUUUCAUGAUUCAGAUAAGUUAUUUUAUGAGCACAGGACAAGUAGUUCUUACAAGGGAAAACAUGAAGUGUUUUUUUUACAAUGUGAUCUUCAGCUAAUUUGUUAAAAUGAAGUUACUCAUCUUUCCUAUGUUUAACUUUACAAAAACAAAGCAGCUCCAGAUAGAAACAAGUGUAAAUACUGAACCAUGUCUAGGAUUUAUAGUGUUACUUACAGAUGGUGUUGUACUGUCCCUGAGCUGUGUUGCUUAGGAAAACUCACAUCUUACACAGACUUUGGGUGAGACAAGCGUUGCCUGCAGAGGGAAGAGUCCUCUGGCAGGUAGCAGUACUAAGAAAGGUAGGCAGGCCAGUGGCUAGCUGUGGUUGCUAUUUGGUCAGUGCAGGCUGUGCUGUGCCAACAUGUGGGUCAUGCAGAUUUACCUCAGAAGUGGAAGAGAAAAAAGUCCUUCCUUUCAGCCAUCAGGUAGUGGAGGUAAAGAAACAGCACAGACAACAGAGAAGGAAGAGUGAUGCUGUUCAGUGGAGACAUCCCAGAGUUUCCCCCCAUUUAUAUUGCUCUCCUUUGAGUUACAGUGAAUCUGAAAGUUUGAUACCACAGUAUCCUUGUGGCUUAGAACACAUUUUCUUCUCCAGAGUGUUUCAUCGUAUUCUAUAUACUGGCCUAGUUUGACAGCUUAUCUGCUAGGAAAAAGGACAAUAAACAGAAGUGAGCUGUUUAGGCAUUACUGAAAUAAAACGGCCCAGCUGUGCCUUUCAAGAAAAGGUGUGUUUAUUUAAAGAGGUCUGAAAGGUAUCCUAAGCCAAGAGCUCACAUCUAAGGAACUCUUGAUACACAAGUAAGUCCAAAAAGUCAAACUACCCGACAACGCCUUUAAAUUUCAACAUGCUGCAGCUCCUCACACCAGGACAGCUCUAUCAGAGCACAGAUCACUGCUUUUGAAGUGUGUGAGAAAAACCACACACUGUCCGUGCUGAUUCCAUCCGGGGAGCAAGUGGAGGGGCCAAUAGAACAAGCUGUUCAGUACUGGUGGCGAGACAUCAAGGCCUGUUGAGACAUUGUACCUCAGCUCCCCAGGUCCUUCCCAUGGAGGUCUGGCACUGAUGAAAGUGCUUUGUCAGGAAGCCAGGGGACACAUUGCCAGGUACCACCCAAUGGCUGGUGAAGCCAUGAGAAACCUUUCUGCUGGCUGCCCCUGAGGGCUGACAUAUUGUGAAACCACCUGUGCUCAAAAGCACACACACAGGAUUCCAGGGAGGACACAGUGACCUUUCCAGGGGCACAGCUUGGCCAUGAGAGCGAGGAAUAAAGAUUAGAAACGUGGUUUUGCCUUUGUGGAGAGCUAUGUACAACUCUUAGAUUUAAGACAUCUGUCUUGUAUUAAUGGUUAAAGAAUUCAAAACUGUUAACUUGUUUUUCUCUUCUUGUUUAUAAUUCAGCUUUCACAGCUGCCUUUGAAAUGCUAAUACUUAAACCAUCACAUAGUGGAAAAUUAUUCUCAGUAUGCUACAUUUUCAAAAUAAAGAUAGUAUAUAAACUA